UCUGUUUUUUAAGACUGGUGCUGCUCGUCGGUCUACACGUGGGGAGGAGAGACUGACUUUCCACAGGGACACGUUUGAAAAACUCCAAACAUCAAUAUUGAUCUCAUCGUGGCGGCACCGAGGACCCUAAAAUACUGUGUAGCUGUUAGUGUCCUGAGGAAAUGCCGCUGAGGUUUCGUUCUGUUGUGCCCUACACACUGCCCGGAGUCCUUGCACUGAUCGGCUGGUGGUGGUACAUCUCACGGAAGAAAGAGCGGCUCAUCUGCCAUGAGAGCCUAGAGGAGACUCCAACUGUUAUGGGCCUUAAAGCAUCUACCACAGAAGGUAGCAAUGGUGUGGUUGAAAAAGGCACCGUAUCCCCCACAAAUGGCACAGAAAGCCCAACCCACAGACUUGCAAAGGUCGCUAACCUGAGAACAGAACAGGAAAAUAGUUCCCAGGUCCAGCACACUGAAGCAGCGCCUUUACAAGAACAAAGUUCAGAAGAAGCUGCCCCUCCCCUUGGCAGAAUAGCUCAAGAGGAAGUCCAUAAACCCUCGGUCUCCCCUCUACCUUCACCUGGCGAGGAAGAAACUCAGCAAGUGUCGUCGAAAGACCCUAAAUACCAGGAGGAAAUCUCAGCACCUGCCUCCCUAAAAGAACCGGAGACAUGUCUAGUGGAAGACCCGGCCUCUGCUCCACAAGACACUGUAGAAGAAGUCAUCUUACCCUGCCAGUCUACCAAAGUCACCAGCUCCCCCCCCACAACGACAUACCUUUCCGAUGCCGAAAGGCCGGAGCCCGAAGGGGAAGUCGCGAAACAAUACAGCGCAGUUAAUACAGAAGCUGAGAUGGUGGUUGGUACUGUCACCCCAGCCAGAGUGCACAGGUUGAUGCCAUCGGAGGGCAGCACUCUGGAGACACCCCCUUCAGCGCAGGAUUUCCAACAACACAUUCUAACCAGCACGCCUACCUCCCCAGGCCCAGAGUCCACCGCUGUGUCCCAGGACGUCCAGGUACACAGCGGCUGUGGAGAGCAGCAGGAUCUGGAGCUCCUAGCAGCUGGACUCAUAACUGAGGUCAUCUCGGCAGCCACCCAGGAGGUCCUCGGUGUCACCAGCUGCGAGGGCACAGACAGCAGCACAGCCCCGGACAGCGGCAGACUAUUCUCCCUAGAGGAGCCAAUUGCAGCAGCACAGCACCUUCUGACAAGCCCCCCUCAGACCAGCUGUAGUGAGGAAGAGCAAGUUAUGCCUAACGGUUGCUCCUCGGCUCCGGUAUGGGAGCCCUUGGAGGUCACUCACGAGAUUCAUCAGACAAACCACACACAGAAAAGCCACUGGGUAACACCGUCGCACCAAGAGGCACACAGUUCGCCCUCGCUAAGCGCGAAACUGAAAGGCGAGGAAUCGGCGGUGCUGGCGGACGACUCGGCCUGCAGCACGUGCCACUCCGAGGACGGCAUUAGCAACGAGGACCUCCAGAACAGCAUGUUCGACGCCAUCCAGGUUACAGACUUGUCAGCAAGAGAAGCAACACCGCCUCAAAUGCUAGACGAGUCGGCCGCGGAGGCGUCUGUGUUGGCUGUUACUGAAGAAAAUUCAGAGGAUUCUGUGUCUGACAUAAAGAGGCUCAAUGGGAUGGGCCUGAGGAACGGAGCCCACGGGACCUGUGAGGCAGAGACGGACCAGUCCGGAGGCUCUGAUGUGAACAGUAUGGACUCUGUGGACAGCGGCUGCACGAUGGGUGCUGGGGAGAUCCAGAGUAACCACGGCGCCUCCUCCACCUCCGACCUCGUCAUCUGGGAGAUCGAGGUGCCAAAGCAUCUUGUAGGGCGGUUAAUAGGGAAGCAGGGACGAUACGUGAGCUUCUUGAAGCAGAACUCUGGUGCAAAGAUCUACAUCUCCACCCUGCCUUACACACAGGAGUUCCAGAUCUGCCACAUAGAGGGUACGCAGCAGCAGGUUGACAAAGCCCUGUCUAUGAUCGGGAAGAAGUUUAAAGAUCUGGACCUGACCAACCUAUAUGCACCCCCGCCGCCGCCACUCACAUUGCCAUCACUUCCCAUGACCUCCUGGCUUCUGCUCCCCAGCGGCGUGACGGUGGAAGUGAUCGUGGUGAACAUCGUGUCCGCCGGUCACGUGUUCGUGCAGCAGCACACCCACCCCACUUACCACGCGCUGCGGAGCCUCGACCAGCAGAUGUUCCUCUGCUACUCCCAGCCGGGCACCCCCGCCCUGCCCUCACCUGCUGAAGUCGGUGUGAUCUGUGCAGCUCCGGCAGUGGAAGGAGCCUGGUGGAGAGCUCAGGUCAUAACCUUCUACAAAGAAACCAAUGAGGUGGAGAUCAGAUACGUGGAUUACGGAGGCUACGACAGAGUGAAGAUCGACUCACUACGGCAAAUAAGAUCUGAUUUUGUAACACUACCAUUUCAAGGUGCCGAAGUAUUGCUCGACAGCAUCGCCCCUCUUCCAGGAGAAGAUCGGUUUUCCACAGAGGCCACAGCAGCGCUGGAGGAGAUGACCAGAGGAGUGGCGCUACUCGCACAGGUUUCAAACUACGACAACAACACGGGCCUACCUCUGGUCCACCUGUGGAACAUGGUUGGAGAAGAGGUGAUUUCAGUGAACCGCACGCUGGCAGAGAGGGGUCUGGGAGUUUGGGUGGAGGGAUUUUGAACUCCUAAAAUGCUCUGACCUCCGUCCCCCACCACCUCCACCCUCCUUAUUCUGUUGUGAACAGCAGCAACACACCACUGGAUUGAAGAUUGUUUUUCCUUUUCCUUUUUUUCUUUUGUUUUUGUUUUUGUUCUCUUUUUUCCCCCUUUCCUUUUGAAAGAAAUUAAAAAUGGUUUGCAGGCAUAAUCCACGAGAACAGCACUGCUUCAAAAAUAUCCUCCCCCAAAUUGUUCUUGUACACAAAAAGAACUCAAAGGAAGAGGGAAGAGGUACUUGUAAAGAAAAAAAACUUUUUUAAUAUCUAUAUUGUAACUAAAUAAAGGUUCAACCAAUAUUUUGUCCCCUCCCCCAUCCUAGCUUAAUUUGUGGCUCUGGGCCUUUGCUCACUGACUGGAUCGUGGAAGGCCCCCCCCCCCCCACACACACACUGAAGACACUCUGUCAACACUCUGACCACUACAUUUCAAAGUAGAUAAGCAGGAUUUUGUGUGGAUACGUGGGGGCAGAAAGGAAACAGACUUAUGGUGAUGGUGGUCCCUGGUGGAGCACCCUGCUGCUGCACCUCGCACGAGCCUAGCACCCACCCUUUCGCCACCAACUGUUCAACAUCCCAGACAUGAAAUGUCCUCAAACAUCUUUUGAAAAUUCGGAACUCACGGUUUCUUCAACUGGACAUUUUCACGAUGCAUUCUGUGCAGCAUACAGCCGAGGGUGUGUUUGUAAACCUCAAUGAAAUGUUGGAUUCUUAAAACUGACAGAAGUGUAAAGAUCACUCCCAUUUGGUGAUGGCACCUCCCAAGUGAAAAAGACACUUGCUAACGCAAAGUUAAACAUCUAAAUCAGAAGGAAACACUACAUUUUAGAUUUACCUUUUACAAUAUUUCACGUUGGUCAAAUUACUAUAUGGGUGUCUUCUGGUUCAAAAAUGACACAGUUUUACUGUAAUGUACUCUGUGUUAUUAGAGUGCACGGCAAACGGCAUGGUGUGCACGAGCAGCAGGGCCUUGUUUUUCAUAUCUGCAUUGAUGGCAUUGAUUUGAUCGGUUGUCAUAGUCCUCGAUGUUGACCUCAGUCUGACCUCAGGUCUUUAUUACAGCCCUUGUAAGAGCAAAAACUAUAAUAUGUAAGGCAAACCCUCAAACUGUAAAAACACAUCUGGGAGGAAUAUUUAAAGUAUCAUUUAAAGUAACGAUAUUGGGGGUACAGUAAUAUCGUUACUUUUAAUGUUUGUUUUCAGAAUUCCGUUAAAUAUAAAUACAUUUCUUUAAAUAUUUUGCUUUUUACUUGCCAAGUUACCAUAAAAUAUAAGAUGUAUGAUGGACAAAAAAAGUUUAAGUAAUUUAAAUGGUUGUUCUGCCAGAGGGGGAAAAAUAUCUGAGCAAAAUGUCUAGUUUAAUAGGAGCAAAGAAGAGUGUGGGUCUAUUGUUAUUAUUCAAGACAUGUCCUGUGGAAUCUGGUAUGAGUGUUAACGCAUCAAGAGUGUCAACAAUGAAAAACCUUUCAUACAGUUUUUCAAAGAGGUCAGGGUCAUGUAGGAACAAAUAUGAUGUGAUCUGAUUGGUCAGAAGGCAGGCAGUUCCCAGAUUUGGAUUCUAUCUUCAAAAGUCUUACUGCUGCAUGUAACCAUGGUAAUCUCACUUUGUUUGACACCCCCUGAAUGGCAAUAUUGAGAAUUCCUGCUGUAAUGAUACAUUUACACAUAAGCCAGUUGUUUAUAUUUUCAAAAUAAGAGUGCAGUAUGACCCAAGAUCAACACAUGAAUUCUUUGUUAGGGUUUGGCUAAAGCCAGAUCAUUUUAUCCAGUUAGGAAUUUAAAAAUGGAUUAGGAAAGUCUGGAUAACCUCAACGCACAGUGAAUACAGACAUGGAAUUAGGAAAAAGGUGACAUAGGAAUUUCUGUUAUUUAUUAAGACCUUUGACAGGAGUUGAGGUUCUGCUGCUUUAUGAAACUGCCCUCUGUUAUCCGUAUUUGAAGAACAAGGUCCCGCUGAAGAGGGAGAACCACAUGUUUGUUUGUUUUUUCACUUGAGUCUGCAGCCAAGUACAGAUUUCUACUCAAGUGUAUCACCAUAAUGUGUGUCAGUCCUUCCCUGAGUUGCACCUCAGUGUUAGACUCUGAAGGGAUCCAUUUCCAACAUAACUGUAAUUCUAAAUAACAUAAUCAUCAAAUACAUUUAAUAAUAAAGUGUCUUUUCAAUGGACAUUAAAAAUCACUGUUACCCUAGCAAUAAGGCAGCUUUAUUUUGGAAUUGAAUGGCAAGAUGGGGAACAGGGGCGGGCUUUAAUUGUACUUUUUGACACUAAGAAAGUUAACGAAACACCUUAACAUCACAUCAUCUGAAUAAUGUAUCUCAGGAAUGGUUGACUAAUGAAUCAGGCAGGAGUGUGCUUGAAUGGAGAGGAUUGUAGGAAAUGCAUACAUAUACUGUAAAUAUGUGUGUGUAGUUAGAGAAGGUGUUGGUGCUGGAUGCUGGAAUGGGAGCAGUAGCCAUAUCGUCUGGCAUAGGCCUGUGUGCGUCCUUCUUUUUCACAUCAACUCUGUCCCUUCUUUUCAAAUUCCAGAUGACUGAAGACAAACCCUCAGUACACCUUUUAAACAUCAGUUUGAUCGAACUACAGUUGUGUUAAUUUCUCUGUAAAUAAGAUAUUUGACUGUACUUUUCUAUAACACUGGAGAGAAAGAUAUAAAGGGAACAUUUAUAUUUUUUGUUUUGGUUUGUUCUGGUUCAUCCUGCCUCCCCCUGUUCCACACAAUGUUCUCGGCAGUGGGACUGAUUUUAAGUGUUUGCAUAGCUAGACAAGUCAUCCUUUGAUUAUUUAAAUGGGUGUGGAGCUUUUUGUGCCCAGAAGCAUUUAACAUGUACAGAUCAGUUUUUGCUAGGCUCAUCUUAAGUUUGAUUUGUUGAUUGUACAGAUCUAUUAAGGGAAAAAAUAAAAGUUAUUGAAAGUG